UUGAGGAUCAUCGACAGAUACUGUGUUCACCAAAAAAUGCAUGAAAAUAAUCAAUUUUCACCGAUUUUUUGGACGUUGUUAAAUCUUCAGCCUCAAAACGGAUACUCAAAAAUUAAUUUUUUUCAAGUGUAGUUAAAUUAUAUUUAAGAUGCAAUGAAAUUUCACUGUUUUUAAAUAAUGGAAGUUUUCACAGAAAUACAUGAAUAUCAUCAUAAUGAAGAUCUGGAUACAAAUACACAAGUCAUGGUGCCAUCAAAUCCUUCAGAAUGGAAUGCUCACCAUAUCGCUUCGUGGGUGACUUGGUGUUCAAAAACAUUUGCUAUUGACCCCUUGCCAUUACCAGAUCAAUUACCAUUAAAUGGAAAGGAGCUUUUAGAAGUUUCGUCAAAAGAAUGGCAAAAAAUCCCUGGAGGAAAAUAUCUUGCUCGACACUUGGGAUAUCUUAAACUUCACGCAACUGGUGUAUAUAGUCCAGAUCUUUUACAAGAAGAUGAAAUGGGUUGUGUUCUAGAAAGCUUCAGCCUACUCCAACGUACGUGCUCUUUGAUUGGUUCUUCCAAUAAUUCUGCCACAUCGAGAACGGUUAGUGGAGGACAAGUACAACUAUGGCAAUUCCUUCUUGAGCUUCUAUCAGAUUCGUCCAAUUCUUCAUGCAUAGCAUGGGGGGAUUCUAAUGGUGAGUUUAAACUUACUGAUCCUGAUGAAGUCGCCAGAAGAUGGGGACAACGUAAAAGCAAGCCGAAUAUGAAUUAUGACAAACUUUCUCGAGCUCUCAGGUACUACUACGAUAAAAAUAUCAUGACCAAAGUCCAGGGCAAGCGAUAUGCUUACAAAUUUGAUUUUCAUGGUCUAAUGAUAGCUUGCCAAACUCAAGCUGGAGUGACAAUUGAUUCUCAGACACCUCAAAGUAGUUCUGUACGUCAUAAUCAUCAUACUCAUCAUGUUUAUAGCACCACAUCAUCAUUACAGCAUUCAGGAGGACUACAGACGUCAUCUAGACCUCCAGACCCAUAUAAUUGCUGGUCAUAUCCACGAUAUUCUUCGAUUCAAUUCAAAAAAUAAAUUUCUUCUUAUAGUUUAGUCACUUUAAUUUUAAGCCCUAUCUUACUAGGGACCAAUCGUUCUAUGGAGGUAAAAAAUAUUUGAUUCUGGAUUAUUGUAAAACUCACCAAGGAGAGCAUUUGUGCAAAAUAUGUUUACUCGGACACAAUUAUUACUAUUGUUUAGACAAUGUCAAACUUUUGCAACGUGCGUUUUUUACCUUGUACCGCUUAUGUAGUGAAAACCGUGAUAAAUAGGAGAAAAAAUAAGAAUACUUUCUGUGUAUAGAAUCGAAUUUUCUACGAAAAAAAUUUGCAAUAGUACCUUUUAAUCAUUGAAAAGGAGUGAAGCUACUUCAUCCUAAAGAGCCACACGCACGAUGCAUGCCAGGUAAGAAAAACUGUGACAUUCAGAAUAUUAACCCUUCGUCGGUCGCGUCCAAAUUUCGACCUUGUUCGGUCGCGCCGCGGGAAAUCGCCGUAAGGUUAAUUUUCUUCCGACGUUGCCAAUUCCUUUAAUAGCAAUUCGGCGCACAGUUUAAAUAUUACUUGAUUUCAAUUUUUAGUACUUAUUGAAAAGAAGAAAAGUUUUUCAUUUUUCCUAUAAAUGAAAAAUCUU